GACAACUAGAGGAUGAAUUGCCAUGGAUAUGUUUGUGUCUGUAUGUACGUGAAAAUUCAGCUUACCCUUCUCUCCUCUCCGCAGUUUAUCACUAUCAGUUUAAAAUCCAUUUCAUCCACGAGUUCCAAGAACGACAAAUUGAUCCAACAUUCACCAUCUCUCUGACUGGCAACAAAGAUGACGUUGAAAAUCUCUCCAUCACUUUAAUUGAAGGCAUCACUCGAAAUAAAACCUACACCUUUCUUGUUCCUCUGGAUAUUGAUAUUGGGGAGCUGAUGAUGAUCAAACUGAAGUGGGAAGGAACUGCCAUCUGGGAGAACAUCUGGGACACUGUCCAAACCAUUAUCCCUUGGAGAAAGGGAGACCGUCGGCCAGGACUUAUUGUGAGGUCCAUACGAGUCAAGGCAGGAGAAACUCAGCAGAAAAUGACAUUCUGUUCUCAACGUGUGGAUAAUUUGCACCUCUAUCCAGGUCAUGAGAAAAUGUUUGUGAGAUGCGAAGUCAGUUCCCAACAGCUGCAGUGAGGGUAGGGAUGAUAAGCAAGAAUUUGAAAAAGCUGCCAAGGCCCGGAAGAGGUGCUUCUCACCUUUAUCUUUCUUUUCCUUAGAAAAAGAAAAGAAAAAAGAAACACCUUUGUAUUAUUAUUAUUUUUUUUGUACAAACGUGUGCAACAUGAAAAAUGUGAUGGACCAGGAAGUACUGUAAACGAUGUAUGUCCAAGGCUUGAUUGAUUAAACAAAUAAAAAGUGAAUAAAAAGUGAAAACUA